UUUGUGGUUCAUGUACCACUACUAUAACGUAUGCGCCGAGAAAAUAUUUGUCAUCAAACUUUAUCUCAGGUCAUAUAUCCGAUAUGACAUUGUUAAUUGAGUUCUCGCCAGAGGAAUUUUUGUUUGAUCGAACAGGUGCGCUUAUAGUACACUGCGAGUUUGAAAUUUUUCAUAAUCUAAUAGAUAAAACUAUACGUAUGAAACUAUACGAUUUAGAAGAUUCGAUCGUUGAUAAGUUUCGGUGCAAAGAUGAGGAAUCAAUCGAAUUUAUAGUAGGAAAAAACCAAUAUAUUAUAUCAAGAAAAUUGUUGCACGCCACCGACAGUAGUUAUUUUAAGUAUAUUUGCCUUACACAUAAGGAAAAGGUAAAAAAUAUGACAGAUGAAUUAGUAACGGAUAAUGAGAUACAAUCUUUUGAACAGAUUUUAAUGUAUUUUACAACUGGCUCAAUAGAACAACGUUAUUACAUGCUUAAAGAUUUAUUAACAGCGGCUGAUAAGUAUGAUGUACCAAGAUUAAAAUUAAUUUGUGAACAUUAUUUAUUACGCCAUAUUACGUUUGAAAAUGCUGUGGAACUUAUACAGCUUGCGUUCUCGUCUAAUGCAAAAUUUUUAGAAACAAAUUUGGCAACUUUUAUUAAGCUUCACAUAGAAGAAAUUAGGGACACUAUAGCAUUUAAAAGUCUAUCGCGAGAAGAUUCAAAUAAGAUAAUGGAAUUGAUUGAGAAAAGUAAACCACUUGAAAUCAGCAUUCGUAAAUUUUCGUCACCAUUUAUGACAGAUAAGAAAUUCACAUUGGCUAAUAUUGGAUUCACGUAAUAUUGCAGUCUUAAAUAUAAAUUUGUGGAACAUGAUAAAAAUAUUUUUCUUAUUUAAUUAGUAAACAUGUUUCCGACUUUUCUACAUUAUAAUUUUUAAUUUUUAUAUACACAUGUAAGAAUUAAUAUGCGAAUAGAUAUUAAUAGCAUUAUUAGUACAAAUUAAGAAUAAUUCGUUUUUGAGUUCAGACGUAUGAAUGAAGCUAUUAUACUGAAUAAAGUUUAGUUAGAAUUACACAUGUAGUUUAAUUUUUUCAUGUCUACAGGUUGAUCUAGAACAAAAGAAAAUGGAAAAUAAGAAUCCUUACAAACCUGUAUGUAUAUGUAUAUUAUCUAUAAAUGUUUUACUUAAUUUUAUCAGUACUACAUCUUAUUAAAAAUUUCAAAUUGUUCUGUAGAUGAUCUUGUACACUAUAUAUAGUUCUUUGAGAAUUUAUUUUAAUAACUCAUAAUCUCGAAAUGUUAAUUCUUUUUAAAAAUAGAAAUAAAAC